CAUUUGUGCGACCAAUACAGAUACAUACACACGCAAACACAAGAUUCCAGAGCUCUCUCUGCCGUCGGACGGCGGCCAUAUUUUGUUCAUUCGUUUGCAUACUGCCGUGUUAGAUAGAAGUCAAAGAAAAUAGCUCCGUCAAGUGAAUUCGUAGAAAAAUAUAAACACAUUCAAAGUGUGCUUGCUGCUGCAGCUAGUGACUGUUUUUUUUCCCUUCAGUAACGGAGAAAUAAGAGAAAAAAGUGUGUGGUGCAAUAUAUUUGAAGCCAGCCAGUAUUUUUUCACAAUGGCGCGUCAACAGCAACAACAACAAGUGAGAGCAUUACCAUAUCAUCCAUUUGGAUUGGACGAACGCCAACCGAUUCUAGAUGAUGACCAACACGACAUUCCAUUUCUCAAAAACUGGCUGCAAAAUCGGGGUGUACUGAAGUAUCUCGAUUGUUUCGAUGAAAUUACGUACAAUGAUUUGUUCCGAAUACCCGAUGACUAUUGGGAUGUUGUGGAAGUGGUUCAAGAUGAGGAUGAGGAGCGCGAGCCUUUCCAGAUGGGUGGCGGCGUUCCUCCUCGUCGUCAGCCAGUUGGAGGCGGCAUCGCAAAAUUGAGCUCAAUGAUCGCCCAAAUGAAAAACCGACGCGAUCAAUUGGAGGAUUUUAACGAAGAAAUCGAGCGCCAUUUCAAUGACAUUGCAUACCUCAGUGUGUACAAAUUGAACAACAUUCUCACGUACUUGAUUCAAAUUGUAAAUUGCCCAAUGAAACAAGUGGAUGGAGAAGACUCUGUGGCUGGAGCUAUCAUUGCGCUGGUUAAAAAAGUGUGCCGCAUUUAUAACGACUAUCCGUACCUAAGAGUCGGUCAUUUUUUAACCAUGUGCGCCAUUAUUUUGGACAUCGCGUGCGGCUUAAAUUACCGACCAUUCCAAAACCUAGCGCCAAUACUUCACGGUUUAAUUCAAUUUGUGCGAACGACGACAAACGAUUGGAGCGAACAAAGAUUUAUUGAUAACGCUGCUCCGCGCCUUCCGAAUAUGGUUACACCAUUCAACUUCGUAGCGGGCAUCUAUAUCAGGUUUCCAGAAGGUAAAAGACACAAACUCGAACAAAAGCUCAAGGGAAUAAGAAACGAAAUCUUAAAGAAGCAGAAUGAAGAGUUUACGGCUGCCGUCGAAAAGCUCAAAGCCGCCGCCAAGCUCAAAGCCGCCGACAAGCGCAAAGCCGCUACCACCGCCACCGCGCGCAAUACCACCGCUACUACCACCACUGUCACACCUGAGGAUCCUUUCCAGAUGGGUGGAGCUCAGGCUGUGGUAGGGCCAUCGUCCGCCGCCGCUCUUCCCAAUUGGCCACGAACCGCCACCGAACCGGGUAAGCUUGACUAUCCCGAGAAAGCACCCAUGAUCGCGCAGCCGUCAGCGAAAAGAGCCAAGAAAUCAAAGGGAAUGCCAAAGCUACCGCCAUCAAAGCCAUCAAUAUUCAAGGGAUACUUCUAUAAUAACGUGGUGAAAGACAAAAUGCGAGCCGAAAUAUUGUUGGAAUGGGUAUGCUACAUGCCAGAGGACAAGAAGUUCGUCGAAGAAUUUCAAAAUCGACUGAAAUACGAGCGGCAGAGGCCAGUCGAUCCAACAAAAUUCUAUUCAAUGGAAAACAUUGCCGUAAUCAACGUUAACACCAAUGAACAUCUCAAUGAUAUGCUUGCAAUGUUGGAAAAUGUGCAAAUGAUCGGAAUUGAUACGGAAAGCAACGCGUUCGAUGGCAAAAUAGUGGAAUUGAUUCAAGUGGCAAUGCAUGACCAAUACACCAGUGCAUAUUUGGUGCAACGACGCAAUUUGAACAAGUUGGAUGAUGACAUUCUUGCAUCGAUUGGCCGGCAAAUAGAACUAAAGACAGUGCUAUUCUUCGCAGGCGGAAACGAUCGGAAACAUUUGAAUAAAUUUUUUGUACAAGUUGAUUUUCUCGAGUCGAUCGAUCUUCAACGGCUGGCCAAAAAAUUGGGUGCGGUGGUGAUGGACAGAAACGGCGUUCCGAAGAACGAAGUAUCAUUGUCAGACUUGGUUGAGUUAUUUUUGGGCAAACCGCUGUCCAAAUUGCAACAGCUGUCAAACUGGAACAAAGAGACACUGUCCGUUGAACAAACGGCAUAUGCCGCCACAGAUGCUGCCGUUUUGCUUCGUGUAUACAACGCCAUGAAAACAGACCCAGCAUACGCGGGCAUUUUCGAUGCCGCUGUUGAAGUCGUGAAGGAAGAGUCUAUUGCGUACGACUUUCUUCAACUCAAAUAAGAAAAAAAUGUAUUUGUGUGUGUUUUUUUUGUUACUGCUCUUUCCAGAUGGGUGAGGGUAACUUAGAAAAAACACCGAACAAACUAAAAUAAAAAAAAAUGUCAUGAUGAUAAGGAAAAAAAAGUGCCAAACUCUCAAGAAAAAUAGCAAAUAGAAUAAUAAUUUGUAAGAAGUGAAUGUAUGUCUGUGUGC